AUGUUCGCAGUUGCGCAAGGUAUCGUCGUUGAUGUGUCACAAUGGAGGGUCACAGAACAGGCGGUGCUGCACGACUGCUUUGCGGAUUCCGCUGCGGAUGUGUUUGCGGAGAUGAUGAGUGAUGCGCCCUCCUCACCAAGCUCGGCGGCCAAACCGAUGCUGACGGACGCGGGUGGUGGCGAUGAUGGCAAGGGUGGCAGUGGUGGUCUUGAUGGCGAUGAUGAUGGUGGUGAUGGUGAUGGUGGUGGUGGUGGUCACGGCGGUGUUGCGCGCGUUCGAUUUGGUGGUGGCGGCGGUGAGCGGAGAGAGACGAGGGUGUCGAAGCGGGAACGCCGACUGGCGGCGCGUGUGAGUGCGUCAUCUCGGCGUGCGCUGUCGUCGACGUGGAUGGUGCCUGUGCCCCGCCAAACACUCGAUGCCGCCACGCGCCCCAAGCGGUCCAAACACGGCGAAUCAUCACGGGGACGUGUGCGCCAACCAAACACGCGACAGCUCCAACAGCACCAGCAACAACGCGAACGACAGCAGCAGCAGCAGCACAACCGCCACGAACAACAACAACAACAACAACAACAACAGCAACAGCAGCAGCAGCAGCAGCAGCAGCAGCAGAAGCAAAGUGAGGAAGAGGGCGCAGUGGACAACCAUAACAGUGGGCAGCAGCAGCAAGACCGCCAGGACCAACAGCAGUGGCAGAACAAACGUGACCCACAGCCACGCAGUGUCAACAGCAAAGCACAGCCCACUGACGAGCGGCUGCGUGCAGUGCUGCACAUUCGCCGGCCAACCCGUCGCGCCCCAAGCCGUGGUGGUGCCAAUGACGACGACGACGAUGCUUACGACGACCACCAUCACCGCGACUACCUCCAACAGCUGCACAUUCCUUCCGCAGCGUCACCCAGCAACCCGCCAUGAGACACCAUACACACAUGCACACACACACACACACAUACACACACACUAUGUGCAUUGUCACAUCAAACUGCCAUGAAUCGUGCUAAGGGCCUCUUUUUUUUUCUGUGUAAUGAACGCGUAAAAGACGAGCCACA